AUGAAUUUCCUUCAACAGACCAGUAGUCUUGGAUUAAGGACUUUUAGAUUAAAUAUUCAUUCAAUUAGACCAACAAUUCUUCCAAAAAUUAUUCCAACAUUAUAUUUAAGAUCACAACCAAUUCAACAACCAUGCACUAAACUCCUUCAAACCCAUUUCUAUUCCACCAAAACAGCCCCUCCACCACCACCACCACCACCCUCUACUCCUCAUGAUAAAAACGUCAAGGGUAAAAGGCUUCUUAAUAGAAUUUCCAGAGCUUUCACAUUUUCAUUGUCGACAUUACUUGUGAUGGGAGCUGCGGGGGUAGCUAUUUUAGUUGUUUCGUUGAUUUUAUCCGAAUUGUUCUUACCUUCAGGAGAUACCAGAACAUUUAACAAAGCAGUUAGAUUAAUUGAAGAGAAUGAACAAGCACAAAAAGCGCUUGUAUUUCCAAAUGGUGAAAGAUUGAAAGCAUAUGGUAUUGUAGCUGCUGAUAGAUGGGUUCGUAACAGACCUGUUCAAAGUGUCAAAACCAAACAUAAGGAUGGUAAAGACCAUUUAUUAAUGAAAUUUCAAGUUGAAUCAGAUAGUGGAAAUUAUGGGGUUGUUACUUUAGAACAAGUUGAUAAUUCCAUGUGGAGUACUGAAUUUGAAUAUAUUGCCUUGGAUGUACCAGGAUUCAGAAGAAUUUACAUUAUCGAACCUCCAAAAAAUCAAUUGAUACCUAAAAUUGGUGGUGGAAGUGGAUUCUUAGGAUUGAAUUGGGGUCCUAAGAAAGACUAA